UCUCGUCGCGAGCGGCGCAAGGAAAGAAAGCAACGUUCCCGUCUGAGACGUCAGAGCUGUCUGCAGGCUUUGGUAUCGGAUAACUUAACCCAACCAGACCACCCUUCCGCGAGCAACCCACUUCACCCAUCUCUCUUUCAGCGAGCAGGUUCUGUUGUCUCCCAAGCUCCAGUCGUUUCUUCAUUCUCCUCUUUGUCUUCCUCAAGCUCCGAUAUGCUCUCUCUGCCUGGGUCGACGCGGCGCAGAGAAAUUCGCAAGUCAGCCGUCGCCCUCAAGGAUUCCACUUGCAAAACACAUGUGGUCAUAGAUUGCGAUUACGAGCACAUAAUGUCACCCAAAGAAAUUUGCAAGCUUGCGCAUCAAGUAUGA